UUAUGAUUGUCUCUACCAUUAUUUAUACCAGUAAAAUAAACUAAUUAAUUACUGUAAUUACAACUUAAUCUUGUAUGACCGAAAGAUAAAUCAAAAUGGCUAAAACAAAGAACAAAAAAGGCACUUCUUCGGAUCAAGUGCACAAAAAGAAAGAGGAGAAAAAGAUGAAUCCCUUCGAAGUCCAUGUGAAUAAGGAAAAGUUCAAAGUGCUGGGUAAGAAACAGAAAACUGACAUGGGCCUGCCGGGAAUUUCGAGGGCGAAGGCGAUCCAGAAACGCAAAUCUACGUUGCUACAAGAAUACAAGGUUCAAAAUAAAAGUAACAAGUUUCUCGACAAGAGAAUAGGCGAAAGAGGCAUGGACGAUGAUGAAAGGGCUACGGCUCGAUUUGCUACUUUAAAAAUGAAAUCCUACACAAAGAAGAGCAUAUUUAAUUUAGCCGAUGAUGAGGUUUUAACUCACAAAGGCCAGACUUUGAGUGAAAUUGAAAAGUUCGAUGAUCCGAAAUCCGACGAUGAGUUUGAUAUCGAUGAUAAAAACGGCAAUUUGGACACGAAUUUCGUCGAGGAGGCUCAUUUCGGUGGAGGGUUAUUAAAAAACACUGGCAAAGACGGCUCCAUGACCCACAAAGACCUGAUCAACCAACUCAUAAUAGAAUCCAAAAAACGUAAAGCGGAGAAACAGAAAACUAAAGAAGCUACUUUAGAACUCACUGAAAAACUGGACUCCGAGUGGAAAGAUCUCAUCCCUUUGGUCACUAAAUCUAACGCAAACCAACCGGAACCUGAAAAAAAACCCGAAGUGAACGACUACGACAAACUAAUGAGAGAACUCAAAUUCGAAAAAAGAGGCACGGUUUCUGACAGAUUAAAAACCGAAGAGGAACUAGCAAAGGAAGAAAAAGAAACGCUAGAAAAACUAGAAGAAGAAAGGCUGCAGAGAAUGAAUAAAGACGACAAAACUACAACCCAAAUAAAUCACAGAAGUGCCGAUGAUCUAGACGAUAAUUUUGUAUACAGCGACGACAAUGAUGAAGAUAAUAUGUUAAGUUACAACAACGAAGGAGAAUCUAAUUUAAAAAUCGAAGCACAAGUAAAUGGAAACACUCUUAAACCUUCAACCGAUGACUCGAUUAACGAGGAACAAGUGGCAGAAGAAGAACAAUCAGAGUCUGAAGAAGAAGAGUUGGAAACCGAUUCAGAAGAUAACCUUUCAGAUUUAAAAGAAUCUGAAGAAGAGAGUGACGAUGAGGAUGUCGUUGAAAAAACUGAGACUAAAUACGAUCAUAAAGAAGAAGUAGAAGAUGAGUCCAAAGAUUCGAGUGAGGCCACAGAAGUGAAAUUUGGAUCGAAACAGUCUAAAGAAGCCAUCAGAGAAGUCAAAGAUUUAAUCAAACAGUCCAGGGAAUUCAGAGAAAACGUUGAAACUAAAGAAGCUGAAACUAAAGAAGUUGAAAAUCCCGACAUACCUUUCACAUUUACAAUUCCAGAUAGUUACGAAAACCUCGUGAAAAUCCUCGAAGAACAUGAAAAUCACCAAAACAUCGUAAUAGAAAGGAUGAUUAAAUGCAACCAUCCGAGUUUAUCCGAGCAAAACAAAGGAAAACUAGGCCUCCUAUUCGCUUAUUUACUGCAAUAUUUAAACGAUCUCUUCUCGGAUUGCCCCGAAAAGGACGUAUUGAAAAAGCAUUUCGAAUUAUUCCAACAGCUCGCGCCGCACAUUUACGCAUUGGCUCAAAUCAACAGCGAAAACGCCCACAGCUCUACAUUAGAGGUUAUUAAAGAAAAAUUCGAAGAGUUCAGGAAGAAACCGAAGAAAUAUCCCGACUUGGAAAUUCUCGUUUUCCUCAAAUUAGUGAGCAUUUUGUUUCCCACUUCGGACUUUAGACACAAAAUCGUCACGCCUUGUUACGUCUUUAUGGAAAUUAUGCUCACAAAAUGCAGAGUAAGAAGUAGAAGAGACAUUUCUUAUGGGUUAUUUAUCGUUACAUUACUACUAGAGUAUUCACUUCUAUCGAAGAGGUACCUUCCAGCAGCUAUCAACUACCUCGCAGGAUUGUUACAUAUGAUGGUACCUAAAACAGGAGUGAAACUACUAAAAAUUCCACCGCCGUUCAAAUCUACUUCAUCUCUUCUCGUGUUGGUAGAGAAUUGCAGCCUGGAUGCAGCGGAUUCUUUGAAAUUAUCCUCGAUAGAUUUAGUAGAAGACGAAAUAACGCCUGAUUACCAAAUCAGAGCGUUACAUAACGUCGUAAAACUUUCCCAACAAUUUUGGGAAAACUUCAAAGAAAUGCCCAGCAAUGUGGAAGUGUUUGAGAAGAUCUCGAAUUACUUGGCACUUGUGCCUCUAGUAAACUACCCCAAAACUGUGCAAGAUGGCGUAAAUUGUUUCUUAGAUGAUUUGAAACGGUACAAAAACGGGAGGAAAUUGCAUUAUCUCGUUCUCGAUGCCUCGAGACCUAAGGCUUUAAGAUUGUACGAGCCUAAAGUGCAAGUUAUUUACGAUGUCAAGCAACAUAAAGUACAAUCUAGGGAGAAGGCUGAAAUAAGUAAAUUAAUGCAUAAAGUGAAGAAGGAGAGGAAGGGGGCACUCAGGGAAAUCAGAAAAGACAAUUCAUUUUUGAGCAGGAUUAAAAUUAAUCAACGACUUGAAAGUGAUAAAAUUAGAAUGGAGAAAACGAAGAGAAUCUAUUCGGAAGCGGCCAUUCAACAAAGUGAAUUUAAUAGUAUUAGCAGGAAGAAAAAGAAAAAACAAUGAUUGUUUGAUAAUUUCUGUUGUCUUAUUAAAAUCUGUUACAUUUUUU